AUGGCGCCAUGCUGGAUCCUGCAUUGCCACUAUCUUGUACCGUUCUUGAGGUCCAGCGCCAUGGCCGCUGCAGUGAGGUGCUUUCUCAUGGUUGCUGUCGGGUUGGCCCCGCUGUUAGCCGGCGCUGCAGGCGGCAAGCUGUCGACGAGGUUCUACGACAGCAAGUGCCCGAGCCUGCAGAGCGUUGUGCGGUCCGCGACGGCGCAGGCCGUGGCGGCCGAGCCACGGAUGGGCGCGUCCAUCCUCCGCUUGUUCUUCCACGACUGCUUCGUCAAUGGCUGCGACGCGUCGAUCUUGCUCGACGACACUGCGAGCUUCACCGGCGAGAAGAACGCCGGGCCGAACGCCAACUCGGUGCGCGGGUACGACGUCAUCGACGCCAUCAAGGCCCAAGUCGAGGCGUCCUGCAGCGGUGUCGUCUCCUGCGCCGACAUCGUCGCCCUGGCUGCACGGGACAGCGUCAACCUGCUCGGGGGCCCGACGUGGACGGUGCAGCUCGGCCGCCGCGACGCACUGAACGCAAGCCAGAGCGCGGCGAACUCCAACCUCCCGGGGCCGGGUUCCAGCCUUGCCACCCUCAUCACCAUGUUCGGCAACAAGGGGCUGUCGCCACGGGACAUGACGGCGCUGUCCGGCGCGCACACCAUCGGGCACGCCCGGUGCACCACAUUCCACGACCGCAUCUACAACGAUGCCAACAUCAAUGCCUCGUUCGCGGCGCUCCGGCAGCAGACGUGCCCGCAGUCAUCCGGGCAACAUCUACAACGAUGCCAACAUCAAUGCAAGAAGGUCAACUAA